AUGAACACUUUAUGGAUGCAUACAGCACACACUAAAAAGCCAUCACCAGAAAACAAAUCAACAUCUAAAAGAUCAUCCAAAAAUGAGGAAAAGCCAGAGGAAGUAACACAGCCCCAUGAAGUUAUGGAAGAUACCCCUGCAACGACAGCAGCUCCAACGACCAAGGCUGAAUCUCCCACCACCCCUAAACCUGAAGACACAACCCCAGAGGCCACAGAGCCAACAACAACUGAGGCAGAUCCUCCCACCACCCCUAAACCUGAAGACACAACCCCAGAGACCACAGAGCCAACAACAACUGAGGCAGAUCCUCCCACCACCCCUAAACCUGAAGACACAACCCCUGAAGCCACAGAGCCAACAACAACCGAGGAAGAACCUCCCACUACCCCUGAGACCACAGAAGAACCAAUAACUGAAGCAGACUCUCCCACCACCCCUAAACCUGAAGAUACAACCCCAGAGGCCACAGAGCCAACAACAACUGAGGCAGACUCUCCCACCACCCCUAAACCUGAAGACACAACCCCAGAGGCCACUGAGCCACCAACAACCAAGGCAGAUCCUCCCACCACCUCUAAGGUAGAAGAUACAACCCCUGAGGCCACAGAGGAACCAGUAACUGAAGCAGAAUCUCCCACCACCCCUAAACCUGAAGACACAACCCCUGAAGCCACAGAGCCACCAACAACUGAGGCAGACCCUCCCACCACCCCUAAGGUAGAAGAUACAACCCCUGAAGCCACAGAGGCACCAACAACUGAGGCAGACUCUCCCACCACCCCUAAACCUGAAGACACAACCCCAGAGGCCACUGAGCCACCAACAACCAAGGCAGAUCCUCCCACCACCCCUAAACCUGAAGACACAACCCCAGAGGCCACUGAGCCACCAACAACCAAGGCAGAUCCUCCCACCACCCCUAAACCUGAAGACACAACCCCAGAGGCCACAGAGCCAACAACAACCAAGGCAGAUCCUCCCACCACCUCUAAGGUAGAAGAUACAACCCCUGAGGCCACAGAGGAACCAGUAACUGAAGCAGAAUCUCCCACCACCCCUAAACCUGAAGACACAACCCCAGAAGCCACAGAGGCACCAACAACUGAGGCAGACUCUCCCACCACCCCUAAACCUGAAGACACAACCCCAGAGGCCACAGAGCCAACAACAACCAAGGCAGAUCCUCCCACCACCCCUAAACCUGAAGAAACAACCCCUGCAGCCACAGAGCCAACAACAACUGAGGCAGACUCUCCCACCACCCCUAAGGCAGACUCUCCCACCACCCCUAAACCUGAAGACACAACCCCAGAGGCCACUGAGCCACCAACAACCAAGGCAGAUCCUCCCACCACCCCUAAACCUGAAGACACAACCCCAGAGGCCACAGAGCCAACAACAACUGAGGCAGACUCUCCCACCACCCCUAAACCUGAAGACACAACCCCAGAGGCCACAGAGCCAACAACAACUGAGGCAGAUCCUCCCACCACCCCUAAACCUGAAGACACAACCCCAGAGGCCACAGAGCCAACAACAACUGAGGCAGACUCUCCCACCACCCCUAAACCUGAAGACACAACCCCAGAGGCCACAGAGCCAACAACAACUGAGGCAGACUCUCCCACCACACCUAAACCUGAAGAAACAACCCCUGCAGCCACAGAGCCAACAACAACUGAGGCAGACUCUCCCACCACCCCUAAGGUAGAAGACACAACCCCCGAGGCCACAGAGCCAACAACAACUGAGGCAGACUCUUCCACCACCCCUAAGGUAGAAGAUAUGACCCCUGAGGCCACAGAGGAACCAGUAACUGAAGCAGACUCUCCCACCACCCCUAAACCUGAAGACACAACCCCUGAAGCCACAGAGCCACCAACUGAGGCAAACCUUCCCACCCCACCUAAGGCAGAAGAUACGAACCCCGAGGCUACAGAGGAACCAAUAACUGAAGCAGAAUCUCCCAUCACCCCUAAACCUGAAAAGCCAACCCCUGAAGCCACAGAGGCACCAAUGAGUGAGGCAGACUCUCCUUCAACUCCUAAGAUUGAAGAUAUGGCCCCAGAGGAACCAGAGACUGAAGCAGAAUCUCCCACCACCCCCAAAGCAGAAGGCACUACCCCAGAGGCACCUACAACCAAGGCUGACUCUCCCACUACCCCCAAACCUGAAGACACAACCCCAGUGGCACCUACAACCAAGGCUGACUCUCCCACCACCCCCAAAGCAGAAGAAACUACCCCAGAGGCACCUACAACCAAGGCUGACUCUCCCACUACCCCCAAACCUGAAGACACAACCCCAGUGGCACCUACAACCAAGGCUGACUCUCCCACCACCCCCAAAGCAGAAGAAACUACCCCAGAGGCACCUACAACCAAGGCUGAUUCUUCCACCACCCCCAAACCUGAAAACACAACCCCAGAGGCCACAGAAGCAUCAACAACCAAGGCAGAAUCUCCCACCACCCCCAAGUUAGGAGACACAACCCCAGAGGCAUCAAUGAUCCAGGCAGAUUCUCCCUCUACCCCUAACGUAGAGGAGGCAGAAUCUUCCACCACCCCUAAGGUCAAGGGAACUACCCCUGCAGGCACUGAGGCUGACACCACUGCCAUACAAAAAACAACGUCUAUGGAAGUAACAGCUACUGGCCCUGGAUUAUUAACAACUGCUAAAAAAGACACGAGCGCUCAAACUACUGAGACUGUCACAACAACUACAAAAGAAAAACCCAUACCUGGAGCAGACACAACAGUUUCAGAAACAAUUGAGAAGAAAAUUACAACUUUUGCACCCAAAGUAUCAACCAGCACAACUGUGAAAGGCACAACUACAGCAGUUCAAAAGACGGUGGUGACUGAAACUAGGACUACUGAGAUUGUAACAGUAACUGACAAAAAAGACAAAACACCAGCUAAAACUGUUACUACUCCUAUAACCGAAGGGACAACAACUAAAACAGAAACAACCACCAUGGUGAACAAAGAGGUAACAACACCCAAGAAAGCCAAAACUACUGUGCUUAAAGACAUUUUAACAACAACAAGUAGGAAAGACAUAACUACUGUAACUUCAGAGAUAACAGCUAAACAAGAUGACUCUCCUAAAGGUAAGGAUGAUAUUCCAAACACAACUCCUACAGCCAAGCAAACUGUCACUACAGCAGUUGCAUCAGAAGCAACUACUGUAGACAAAAAGACUGUAACAACAGUUGCAGAAAAAGAAGCAACCUCAGCUAAACAGGACGAGACUCCCACACCAAAAGAAACUUUCACAACUAAGAAAGAAGAAAGCACCACGGGGACAGAGAGUGUAACAGCAGCUGCAGCAGCUACAACUCCCUUGCCCAAGCCCACUGUGUUGACAACAACAGCCAAACCAGAUUCAACCCCUAAACCCAAGGAAAUUGUAACAACAAAUAAAAAAGACACUACUACAGAAACUAAGCAGACUGUAGAAGCAGCUAAAGAGAGCGUAAGUAAUGCUUGUGUUAUUGUAGAGACAACAGCUGGUAAAAAAGAGGUAACGGCCACCAAAGAAACUAGAGUCGCACCUGAAGAAGAAAUGCCUGAUGCCACCAAAAAGGCCCCUAGUAUUGACAAAGGAGAGGAAACGACAGUUACCAAAGAAACCACUACAAGAGAUAAAAAAGACACAAUAGAAGAAAUGUUUAUUGUUUCUAAAGGGACAUCAAAGCCAACUAUACAUUUCCAGGAGGUUACUGACGCAAGAGAAGAGCCUCAUCCAGCUGACCCUGAAACUCUGCCGGUAAAAGAAGAGCCUGAGAUCAACAAGCCUUUAAUACAAACUGAGGACUUGCCGAUUUUAGCUGGAGAAACACAAGCAAAGAAGGACGAGAAGGACCUGUGCAACGGGAAGCCGGCGGACGGCAUGGUGGCCCUGCCGAACGGCACAUUGGCCGUCUUCCGAGGUCACUACUACUGGCUGCUGAACGGCAGGAGCCCGCCGACUACCAAUCCCCGCCGGAUCAGCGACGGCUGGGGCAUCCCGUCCCCCAUUGACGCCGUCUUCUCCAGGUGCAACUGCGAUGGCAAGACCUUCUUCAUCAAGGGUCCCCUGUACUGGCGUUUCACUAAUGGUGUUAUGGAUAAAGGCUAUCCCAAACCUCUUGCAAAUGGAUUUGCAGGGCUAAGUGGAAAAAUAGUAGCAACCCUCCCAGUGGCAAGAUACAACAAUAGACCAGAAUCUGUUUAUUUUAUCAAAAAAGAUGGCAACAUGCAACAGUACGUGUACAGACAAGAACCAGCUAAGAAGUGUCAAAGAAGAACCCAGGUUACUGUAAGAUACCCAGCUUAUGUCCCGAGACUUGUAAUAAGGAGACGCUUUCAACGUGCAUUAAGAAUGCCAACCGUUAUUCGGACUGUCAGAAUCAACCCACAUUCAUCUGGAGUUCUGCGUAAGGAAAUCAAAAUGACCACUUACUGGAAAGGGCUCCCGAAAGUUAUUCAUUCAACUAUAUCACUACCCAACUACAAUAAGCCAGAUGGCUAUGAUUAUUAUGCCUUCUCUUACAAUCGGUACUACAGUUUGGAUGUUGGCAAAAGAAUAGCAAGACCUGUUACUGCUCUCACAGGAAAGACUGUAUCCAAAGACUGGUACAACUGUCCUAGCAAGUGAUGCACAGCAGAGGAUUUAAAAAAAAGAUGCCAUUUGAUGUUGACAUUUUGUCUAAUUUUAUUAAUAAAGACAUUGAAAUGUG